AUAAAUUAUAGGGGAGGAAUAUCGAGGAAAGAAGAGGAAACAAUAAAUAAAUACGUAAAUAAAUAAAUAAAGCGCAGCAGAUCUUAGUUUCAGAGUACUGUACAGUGAGGCACCUUCCUUUCGGCAUGUCGUUGAUAUUCUAAAACAACGCGUAUGGUACCGUUAUCCCAGGACUGAGUUUAUGUCGUGGUUUUUUUAUUUUUUUUAAUUAAAUUUUAUUUCCAGAUGCUCCUCAUGCUCUUGUUGUUCCUAUAAAUGUAUGUGUCCGUGCUCUCUUGAUGCUUUCUGGAAAGCUAGCAUGUUUUAUGUGAGCCCUUUAAAUGUUAUAACUUAUUUAUAAAUUGAUAUCAGAUACGAUGGUUUGUUUAUUUGUUGUUUUUUUUCCCCUUCCUGAGUUUACUGCUUUUGGGUGAGUUCUUCUCUGCCUAAGCUAAAAUCGGGGGUUCCUGCACUACAGUCGCAGAAAAAAAAAUUAAAAAACAAACAAAAAUGUAAAAAAAAAGAAAAAAAAGAAAAAGCUCUUGUAUCUUUCUGUCUUAAAAUUGUCCAGUCUGUGUUUUAGUUCAAACUUCAGGCCAGGAUUUCUAGUCCCAGGCUAAUUCUGAGACGUACUCUUAGACGUGGGUAAACUUCACUAUUAAAAAAAUGCAUAAAAUCGGACCAACAAUAGAGUGCUCUAAUGUUUGUAAAUACUAGAAAUAUUUCUGAUGUGACUAAUAGCCAGUUCGUAGUGGGCAGAGUGAACGCAGUGUUAUGUGUAAAAAUGGCAUCCGUCAUGUCUAGCUGCCUGGUAGUACUUCGCCAAUAAGCUUUUUGUAUCUGUUUGUAGCUUUACUCGAAGUCAAAUAAACGUUUCUCCUAUUCACAAAGGCUCCCAGUCGCACUUUAUACCCAGCCUCCGCGACUCGCGCAAGGAGCGCGCAGCCCACGCGCAAGCCGAAGACGGAGCCCGGCGCGGAGCUCGGGCUGCGCUCGGGGGCGCGGAGCCUGCGCGCCCUCCCCUCCGCGGGCGGCCGCGCCGCGCAGCAGCCGCGCAAGCGGCUCCCUCCCAGCAGCGCCCCGGCCCGCGCAGCCAGCGCUCCGCGCGGCCCCGCGCCUGCCCGCGCCGCUCCUAAAACAACGCGGCCCCGGAUCGCACGACACAAACUGCCUCAAAGUCCUUUAAGUCGCGACAACGUGGCAUCAAGGCUGCCCCAGCGCACGCGGUGCAGGCAUCGCCGCGUGGAUAGACAGACAUACACACGGCGCAUUCUCAAAGCAGGAGGUAUUUGCACGUAUCUCUAUGUUUGUACACAUAAAACCGUGUUACACAUAAUUAUGUGUGUAUAUCUGUAUCUAUAAUAUACCUCUAAUAUGUAUAUAUAUAAAAAAAUAUAUUUCUGUGCUAAACUGCAAUCUCUCCUCCAUCUCUCGUCUUCAUUUUAUUGUGCUUCCUGCUCUCACCUCCUGCUCUCUGCGCAACAUGUAAAUAACAGAUUACAGCUCUGUAACUACUGAUACCACAACGAGGCAUUUUGGCUGCAGAUAAUUUAACAUCAUCAAAGAUGGCAAAUGUUGCAAUUUUGAUACCGAGGGAUUCUAACAAGGCACGAGAUACUCCGGCUUAAAGUCGCUCUAUUUGGCAAAGCGCCACUGACAUCUUUACAAUACAGCUUAGGCUUUUUGUUCGUAUCAAGUAAAGUUGGAUCUUAAAACUUACCAAACUUAAUCUCCCACUGUUUAGGUACUUCUUAAGUGAUUUUGAGAGGAAUGUGAAGUGGACUGUCAGAUCCCAAACCAUUUGCUCGCCUUCCCUUGAUAUUUUUUUUUUACCAAUAGCAAACUAUACCAAAAGUGGGUAUGACAUUUAGAUGUCAAAUGGAUAGGGUUUUAUCUAGAAGUUAGAUCGUAAAAAUCGCCCAGACCUCAGACAGAUACCCCUCACUGGCUCUCAAAAGUCACGUGAGGUCCAUAAAGUUAGUUUUAUGGUUUUGGGGAGUUGACAAUGUACAAUAUAUUUCACAUUCUCUAGAAUGUUAAGUGACACUUUAACUGCUUGGUUUGGCUUGUAAGGGGCAGCAAUGGGUGAGCACUUUUCCAGAUGAGAUAAACGUUGCAAUUGCAGGGAACAUGUUUUGCGGGUCCAGUUUUCAGUCCAGAGAACCAAUAGACUGGAGUCCUGAAACAAAUCUCCGCAGACCGUCUGUUGGGAAAAAAGCACCCGGAGUCCUACAAGAAUCUUCAGGGGAAAUAAUAAUAUUAAUAAUAAAAUCUGGAUCGUAAAGGUGAAAGCUUUAUUUUUGGGGGAGAAAACCAAAAGCAAAGCCCCCAGGCCACCCCCUCCCCCAGACCUCUCACUUUGGAAGAAACCACCCAAACCAUGCGGGCCGUCUCUGGGGCGCUGGAAAAAGGAUGUGGGAGCGAAGCAGUUCUUUUCCUUUCUCAGACUCCUCCGCUGCCUCCUAUUUGCUGGACCAGACGUCGGAGAAUUGGAAGGGGGUCAUUCCGUGCUUAUUGAUUGCGUGGAUGCUGGAUGUGAAAAUAUAUUAUGUCUGCCCGUGCUUUGCUCGUCAGAGACUAAGGUCAGCUUCCAAUAGACAGCUGGAAACGGCCUGUCACGUGGCCUUGGGGUGCCAAUGUUCUGCCAUAGGGGUGUCAAGACCCUGGUAGCCGGAAAAAUCAUUUUGGGGAGUCCCAGAGAUGCAGAAGACUACCUACUACGACAGCUCCACGCUCUUUGGGGGUUACUCCUACGGGAGUGCCAAUGGGUUCGGCUACGACGGCCCGCAGCAGCCCUUCCAGCCCGCCGCUCACGUGGAGAGCGACUACCAGAGGUCCGCCUGCUCCCUCCAGGCUCUUGGCAACACAACCCCUCACGCAAAGAGUAAAGACCUGAACGGGAGCUGCAUGCGGCCGAGUUUGCCCCAAGAGCACCACCCGCCUCCGCCCAUCUCGCCGCCCCCAAACCCUGCCACCAACAGCACCAGUAGCAACAGCAAUAACCAGUCGGGGAGCAGUAAAACUGCCCCCAGCAAAGCCAACCUCCGUGCAAACGCCAGUCUCACCAAGCAGAUUUUCCCCUGGAUGAAAGAAUCGAGACAAAACUCCAAACAGAAAAACAGCUCCCCCAGCACAGCAGAAACCUGCAGUGGCGAGAAAAGCCCUCCAGGCUCCUCGGCCUCCAAGAGAGCCCGCACAGCCUACACCAGCGCUCAGCUGGUGGAGCUGGAGAAGGAAUUCCACUUCAACCGGUACCUGUGCAGGCCCCGGCGCGUGGAGAUGGCCAACCUGCUGAACCUCAGCGAGAGGCAGAUCAAGAUCUGGUUCCAGAACAGAAGGAUGAAGUAUAAGAAAGAUCAGAAGUCGAAAGGCAUGGGGUCUUCCUCUGGAGGGCCUUCCCCCACCGGCAGCCCGCCCCAGCCCAUGCAGUCCUCAGCUGGAUUUAUGAACGCCUUGCACACCAUGAGCAGUAACUAUGAUGCCCCCUCUCCGCCUUCCUUCAAUAAGCCCCACCAAAAUGCCUAUGCCAUGUCAACUACCUACCAAAACCCCAUCAAAGGCUGCCCCUCCCAACAGAAGUACGCCAACACGGCCCCCGAGUAUGACCCCCACGUGUUACAAGGGAACGGGGUGGCCUACGGGACUCCCAGCAUGCAGGGAAGCCCCGUCUAUGUCGGAGGUAACUAUGUGGAUUCUAUGCCCACCUCUGGGCCGUCCCUUUACGGCCUCAAUCACCUGCCACAUCACCAGGCUGCCAACAUGGACUACAACGGGCCUCCGCAGAUGCCCCCGAGCCAGCACCACGGACCAUGCGAGACCCACCCCACCUACACAGACCUUUCCACGCACCACGCUUCUUCUCAGGGCAGAAUCCAAGAGGCGCCCAAGCUGACCCAUCUGUGAUAGAGAGCAGGGAGAGCCUCGCGUGAACUGGACGGGAUCCCGCCACAGGCUGUGGGAGAGGGGAAGAGGGCAGGACCGGCUUCAGAAACAUUUGUGUUGAUCUCUCUUCUUUCUCUUUUUUGGUGGGGUGAUUUCUGCCAGGUUAUUGUUAUCAUUGCUAUUAUUUCUUGGUUUUAUUAGGCACGAUUUCCAAGCAUUUCAGUAUUUGCUUCCAAAAGCAGCUCUCUCUGAAGAGAUGUACCUCCUGUGUUUCAACACAAAUGCUUCUGAAGUGGGCUUGGGGUAGGUUUAUGGGAAUCUAGCAGGUUUUAGCAUCAGCACCCUGCAUUUGCAAACCAAGUACAGAUCAUUACUGAUAAUUCUCGGACACUGGAAAGGAGAAUAGUCAGCCAACCGAGUCUUCACAGUUGGUGUCUCUGCAUCUACAUAAACAUGUACAUGUGUACAUAUAUGCAAUCAAAAGAGAUUCGCAGGAAAACUACUCUCCUCUCUAAUUCCUUCUCAAGAAGAACCUUGCGCUUUCCCUUCCAGCCUUCAGAGGAAAGGCAUCCUUCUUCGCUUCCAGUCCCCACCACAAACUGGAAAUACACACCUGCCAGUGCGUGGGAAUCACGCUCUUCCCCUCCCUCCCCUGCCUCUCCUCUCAAAAGCAAAAAAAUAAAACGAGAGGCUUAAGAAUUGCAAAAGGUUCGGGAACAAGCUUCUGAAACACCUAUAAAACCCCCAACAAAACAACAGCAGUCCAAAGAGAGGAAGAAAGAGUUGACAGGUCUGAAUAUUUUUCCGCCUUUGCCUCUGAUGACGUGAAGUCUCCAUUUGAUGACGCCAGGUUUUUUUCUUUUGGGGGUGUUUUUCUUAGGGUUCAUUAACAGAAAAGCAAUCUUAAGACUUAGAAGUCCUACACUUCUUUCCUCCUCUUCUCUUGACCUUACGUGAAAACAGGGUAUAUUUGAACAAACGGAAUGUCCUCCAAUCGAAGCAGAAGUGAAUGGAUCCUUAGUAUUUGCUAAUGCUUUCUUGUCUGGACAUCUUUGUUGCACUUAGAGUUUACAUAUAAUGGGUAUAAAAACAACUUUGAAGGGCGUUCGUCCAACUCAGUCGAGACGUCCUUCAAUAGGUGUGUGUUCUGGUGAACAUUCAUAUAUAUUUAUUGGUUAUAGCCAGUUUAAAAUAUUUUCCUUUUUUUGUAUUAUUUAUCCCCAAUAUUAUGUAUUUAUAUGAGGAAAAAAGAUAAAAAUUGUACUUUUUUAGUAUUUACUUGUUAUAAAGGACAUUGUGUUUCCUUGUCAUUGUACAACAAGCUUAUUUUAGUUAUUGUAAUUUAGAAAGACCAGUAGUUUUAUGUUACCUUCGUACUUAUGAAUAAUGUAAUUAGUUCUACUGGAGGCAUGAGAGCAGAACCAGACUGUAAUUGUAUAGUCCUGAAUUAGAAGAGCUAUAGCGAAUCCCUCCCUCCCACCUCACCCCUCCUCUUUGGAGAUCUUUCUUUGUUCUUAUAGUAGUUAUUUUAUUUCCUUGCUUAAGGGUUGUCUGUUGAACAAUUCUUGAAUAAACUUUCUGUUAUCAGUUUUA